GUUUGUCGUAUCGCAAUGCAUUUUUAGUUUAUUGUUUUUAUUAAAUAAGUUGUAUUUUAUAGUAUAUUCAUAGUUAUUUAAUAUAAUUGAUAAGUAGAAAAAAUAUCUCUAUGAAAUUUACAGUUAUAAACUCUUUGUUCGUGUUGUGUACAUGUCAUCAUGACUUCUGAAAUUGAGUCUUUGAAAACAAAUGAAUUUUUACGCCGACGUAAACUCAGACUUCAGCAGGUCCGAGAACAAUCGAAAGAUAUAGCAAAGAAACUUAGACAGCGCGCUAAAGUAGACAAAUUCCGGCAAGAGCUUGACUCAAAAAAGGAGAAGGAAUAUUUACUACAUCAAGAAAAGUUGGUAAAACGAUUAGAGCACUUGUAUGCACAAGGUGUGAAAAGUGUGGGAGAAGGUCACAAAAAAGCUUCAGAAGUCAACAAAAAUGAAGUUUCACCAGACAAAAGAGACUUGUCAAGGGUACGAGGCAAAGAAGCAGCAGCAGAAUUAAGGAAAAGGAGGCAGGACAAACUAGAUGAACAAAAGAAACUGCUAGACAGGAAACUAUUGGCAAGAGAAGCUGCUAAUGAAAUUAGUAGGGAAAAAUCAACCAGUGUAGCAAACAAAUUGUUGUCAAAACCGUCUACAAGCAAAGUUACAGGAGAAACUAACCAUGCUGAUGUAGAAAGUAAUGCAAAAGAAAGUGUGAUUGCAGAGCACUCUGAAGUGACCAAGAAUGACAUGGCAACUCAAUGGGACUUCGAAGAAAUGCCCAACGAGUGGGAGCCCAUAAUUCCAGCCCUUUCCUUGCCAAAAGAUGACAAAGAAAGCCUAAAAGAUUCGGCGAAUGCAGCCGAAAGCAAGUCUGAUAAAAGUAAAAAGCUUGAUCUCUUCGCUUUGAGUGCAGAAAUGCCAUCGAGCUUACGAGGUGGUGCCACUCAUGUAGCAGCAGAAAGACCUUCAGUUAGACCUUCUCUAACUUUGGUCUCUGAAUAUUUGCAAAGCAGGGCCCUGAGACUGCGAGAAACUGAUACAACAGGCUCCAGCAAAAAGCAGCCUGAUGACUUACAGAACUUGAAGCAAACAAUAUUACGUUCCAGAUCUUCGAAGAUUGAAGGAAAAGGAAAUACUGAGAAAUCUACUGCAUCAAGUGGUGUUGACAGUAUUUUAACUAAGAAGAAUUCAGUCACAAUGUACAACCACUCCACUAGAGACUCCAGAGAGAUGCCUUGCGAAGAUCCUGGGCUUGUAGUAAGAGAUGACCAACAUUAUGACGAUGCCUACUCACAAGCUCUCAAGGAAACAAAAAUUGACAAUUCUAAAGAGAAGGAACAUCAAAAGAAAUUACAAGAAAUGAGAAGCAAAGUGGCCAUGACCAAACAAACUGUUGAAAAAGAAUACAAUGACACAAUGUCGUUUUUGAAGACUUUGCCUAAAGAAAAGUGCAGCAAGCAUGUGAACAAUGCUCAUAUGGAUGAAAGGCGUCAGCAUAUUUUGAAAGUGAGCCGCCAACAAAAACUUCAACAUGAGUUCAACAAAAUAGAGAAAGAGUGCAGAAGGAAUUGUGCACAGAUGUGGAUAAAAAUUAUAAUCUUCUUUUUUUCAGAAUGCAAAAGCUAG